AUGGAGUCCUCUUGCUUCCAGAGCAAGAAACCUCUCACAGUCAACGAACUCUACACCGAGUGGUCAAAAAACCUAACCGAAUACUGCCUCCCUCUCCUCCGCGAAUCAAUCUACUCAGACCCUCGAGCGAUCGUACCGGACACCGACGUAGAUAACGUUAUGUACUACCUGAUCCACCACUACGAAACCCUAAUCACUUCUUCCGAUAACAACACUAUCCGUCACAUCCUCUUCCCCUCAGGGAAUGAGACACAGCUUUUCUUCAUCGGCGAUAUCCAUCCUUGUCUCUUCACUUGUCUCAUCCGAUCUUUAAUCGAUUCAGACGAGCAGGUUAAAAGAGUCGAUGAGAUCGAGCGUUGUAUGAUGCUUAGUGUGAAUAACCUAGUGGAGCAGAUGAGUAGAGUACAUAUCCGUUUCGUAGCUCGUGUUUCCAAGAAUUGGGUCGAGGCCACGGAGGAAGCUUCUUCGGUGAUGGAGGCGGUUGAUGACGCGGCAGAGGAAGAGAAGGAGGAGCUUGUGAGAAUCUUUGUUGCUGCAAACAAUUUGAGGAAGAGUGUGCUUAAAGAUAUCUUCAAAGCUACCACAGGGAUUCAAGCCGCUCUGUUUCUUGAAAGUUUAUGCGCGUUUCUUGAUGGGUUUAAAGAUCAGAAUUCUCCUCCGCUCAUUGACCAGCAGCAACAUGCAGCUGCACCGUCUCUACCACAUGACUUGGAGAAGAAGAAAGUGGAGGGGCAGCAGCAUACAAGUGAAGCAGAUGAAUCACCAAACCGGAUUCUUUGGAUAGGAGACGUGAGAGACAAGACAGAGACAGAGUACCUCUACCGUUGUUUUGCCAAAACCGGAGAGGAUGUUUCUAUUCGCGUCCCUACUCACAAGGUAACCGGUAAAAGCCUAGGCUUCGGUUUUAUCGAGUUUCAAUCUGCCGAUGCUGCGGAACAAGCUUUACAUAAGUACAACAACACUUUAAUGCCUGGACUAGUUCCCUCUCGGAGGUUUAGACUGAUGUGGGCAAAGAAGACUGCUACUGACUCCAUAUUCGUUGGUGAUCUGGCACGUGAUGUUACGGAUCAGAUGCUACUAAAGACGUUCACUGACAAUGGUUACAGUUCAGCUAUAUCAGCAACGGUUUCGUUUGACAGAGUUGGGCGUAGCAAAGGAUACGGUUUUGUUACAUUUUCAGAUCAUGGCCAAUUGUUGCUUGCUGUGGAGCGUAUGAACGGUGUUGAGUGUUCAAGUAGGCCUAUGAGAAUUGCUCAUAGACGUGGAAACUAA